GGCUCCUGCAUCUCAGGGAUUUUUACCCUUAAUGAGACCAAGCUAAACUCAGUUCCAUAGGGAGUCGUGGAUGAAAAACAACGCUUUCAUCUGCCCAAAUAUCCCCUUCCUGAAGCCAGAGGUCCUUGUGAGAAGUAGGGUUCCAAGAGCUGCUGGUUUUUAAAUGAACAAAAGAACAUGGAAUCUUUGGGGCCUGAAAUCCCCGAAGUUCUAGAUGCUUCCUUGGCACCUCUCCCUUCUUCUCUUCCCUCAUUAGGGACAAAAAUGAAUGCCAAAAAGUUAGGAAAAAGAAGUUCAACAUCAUUUCCCAUUCUGAAAUCAAGAAAAAAACACACCUUAACUUCUAUAAGGCAAAAGUUUCCUGGAGUAAUUUUGUCUGGUGUGCAUUCAAGAACAAUUUCAAAACAGUCAUCCCAAAUGGAUAAUAAAAUUCAAAACCAACAACCAAGUUCCAAGCACAAGAACCAGAGGCUGAACCGAUAUUUGCGUAAGAAAACAAACACCAGUAUUACCUUACUCCCUCAUUUGGAUAAUCGUGGGAGGAAGAAUGUGACCGCUGUGGCAAAGAUCUCUUCUCAGGACAGUAACCUCCCACUCAUCAACAGCAAAAGUUUGGCAAAGGAUAAGCAACGCCAUCCAUCCUCUGAGAUCAAGGCUUCAUCCAGUCGCAGCAGCCAAAGUCAAACCUUCAAAUCAGAGGAUAACCUGACACCCCACAAGAUACCUCUGACAGCAUCAGAAGCCCUAAAAUAUUACAAGAACCAACUGUCUGUGUAUGAGCGAAAUGAAGUUCUGGGCUAUACAGAACUGUGGUUCCUAGGGCUUGAGGCCCAGAAGUUAGAUGUGCUUCCUGAAAAACAUAACAAGACAAGCUUUGAUGAUGAACAUGGCUCCUAUAUAAAGGUCCUACAUGAUCACAUUGCCUAUCGCUAUGAGGUCCUGGAGAUGAUUGGCAAAGGAUCCUUUGGACAGGUGGCCAAGUGUUUGGAUCACAAAAAGAAUGAGUUGGUGGCACUGAAAAUCAUCAGGAACAAAAAGAGAUUUCACAAUCAAGCCCUUGUGGAGUUGAAGAUCCUGGAAGUUCUCCGAAGGAAGGACAAAGAUAACUCAUACAAUGUGGUACAUAUGAAGGACUACUUCUACUUCCGGAAUCAUCUCUGCAUCACUUUUGAACUUUUGGGGAUCAAUUUAUAUGAGUUGUUGAAGAAUAAUAGCUUUCAGGGAUUCAGCUUAUCUGUGAUUCGACGCUUUACACUCUCAGUUCUAAAAUGUUUGCAAAUGCUGUAUGUAGAGAAAAUCAUUCACUGUGAUCUCAAACCAGAGAACAUUGUUCUAUACCAAAGGGGCCAUGUUUCAGUUAAAGUUAUUGACUUUGGCUCAAGCUGCUAUGAAGAUCAAAGAGUGUACACUUACAUCCAGAGUCGUUUCUAUCGUUCCCCGGAGGUGAUUUUGGGCCAACCCUAUGACACCGCCAUUGACAUGUGGAGCUUGGGAUGCAUUCUGGCAGAGCUGUACACUGGCUACCCACUUUUUGCUGGGGAGAAUGAAGUAGAACAACUGGCCUGCAUUAUGGAGGUGCUGGGUCUACCACCACUCUACUUAAUUCAGACCGCCUCCAGGAGGCAGACAUUCUUUGAUUCCAAAGGUUUUCCUAAAAAUAUAACCAACAACAGGGGGAAAAAAAGAUAUCCAGACUCCAAGGAUCUCACCACAGUGCUGAAAACCUAUGACACCAGCUUUCUGGACUUUCUGAAAAAGUGUUUGAUAUGGGAUCCUGCACUUCGAAUGACUCCUGACCAGGCUCUCAAACAUGUCUGGAUUCAGGAGUCAAGGAAUCUUAAAGGACGGUCCAAAACUCAGAACGUAAAGAAAACCAGCCUCUGCUUCCUUGCAGAAAAGAAGGAGAAAACCCAGCAGCAAGUCCGUUCAGGAAAGACAGAAAAGACCUCGGGGAUAGAGAUCACAGCAGACACAAGCAAAAGUGGAACAACUGGGAAUGAUCAACAUUGUGGUGACCAGCAGGUCUCCACCCAAUCUUUGGGUGAAGGCAAAGUAGAAGAAUCGGUUUGGUUGCCACCUUUAGCAGAAGCCACAGGAAAACCAGAGGCAAAUGAGGAAUCAAAGGAGUGUACAGGCUUCGAGGGAGAACAUAAGAAAGAGACAUCUCCCAAGAACUCUACAUCCUUCUUACCACCCAUUGUAUGACCUUCACUGGGGAUGGAUUCUGUUUCUUUCCACCAGUGAUUUAUAUUAGAGACAACUCUUAUAUUGUACAAUAUUUCAGAUUGUUGUUUUUAAUUUAUAUAGGUUCAUUAAAAAAAAUGUCCAUUCACA